UGCAGCGUUUUUUAGCACUGGUGUAAAACCUGCCCAGAAUGUCAAUGAGCAAUGCCAAAGUCAUUGAUCAAAAGGAAUAUCUAAAGAAGUACCUGUCUGGGGAUAAGGAGAAGAAAAAGAAGAAGCACAAACAAAAAAAACACAAAAAAGCCGCCAAAGUGAAAAUCAUUGAUGAUGAUGCCUACAAUAGCGACAACCGCGAAGUCGACGAAGAACUUUUAUUGGGCGGUGAAGAUGCUCCUCAAAUUGUGGGUGAAUACAUCGAAGAAAAUCCCAACGAAAUUCGCAGCAAAUGGCGAAAUAUUGCGGUGAAAGAGGAGGAAGAAACUGCACAAGAAGAACCAACAGUGAGAAUUAAAGCAGAACCACGUGAUGAUGAUGAUGAGGAAAAUCGUUGGGGACGCAAGGCUUCAUCGUUAAGAGAAAAAAGUCCUGUUACUGCCAUUAAAAUCAAGCAGGAAAGGCGCAGCCCUUCUAUCGACCAGAGCCCGCCCAGAAAAAAACAAAACGAUGAGCGCAGUCCACCAGCCAGAAGGAAACACGAUAAAGACAAUGUCCCUUCUAGAAACAGGCAUAGCGAGGAUAUCAGUCCGCCGCGUCGAAAAAGAAGUGGAGUUAGCAGUCCACCAAGAAGAAUAAAGGAAGAAGAUUCAAGCCCACCCAGAAGAAAGCGACGGGAUUCUGAUCAAAGUCCACCCAGGAGAGGACGGCAGUCGCCUCCACCAAGAAAAAUAAAAGAAGAUCUUAGUCCACCAAGAAGAAAGCGGCGGGAUUCUGAUCAAAGUCCACCCAGGAGACGACGACAAUCACCUCCACGCAGAAGAAGAUCUAGUUCCGAUCAGAGCCCACCAAGAAGAAGAAACGAUUCUGAUUUGUCUCCGGUACGCAGAAGACGGCUAUCAGCUGAUUCUAGUCCGGCCAGAAGUCGACAAAAACGUAGAUCGUCUGACCAAAGCCCACCUAGAAGACGUAGGGAUAGCGAUCAAUCUCCUGCGCGCAGAAAAGGACGUCAUUCAGAUCAAAGCCCACCCAGGAAACCAAAAGAUAGGCCGCGAUCCAGGUCACCAAGACGACGUCGGUCCUCAGAUCAGAGUCCACCUAGUAAAGAUCGAUUUAAAAAGGAAGUAAAACGCUCGCCUUCUCCUAGCCAGCCGGUUAGGAAAAGUCGUUGGGCUAAGGCAUCACCUUCUUUAUCACCGCCACCAACCCAUAAACCGAAAACCGAUCGCACUUUGGAUGGGAAAAAAGCUGGUCUCCAAGAUGCCCAAUCUCUGAAAGCCGAAACAGAUGAACGUCGUCGCCGGGAGCAUCAACUGUUUGAGAAAAUGUCCAGCGAGGUAUCCGGUCGUGAUGCUGAUAUACAAAUACGUAGCACUGGUAGGCGUGGCAGACGCGCUCGUGAGGCAGCCAACGAAGAUCCCGCCGUACAAAAGCGCAAAGAGGAACACGAGCGUAAGAAAAAGGAGCUGUACGAUCGAUGGGGCCGUGGCUUAAAGCAACUAGAGGACCACAAAUCGAGGCAAGAAGAAAUGGCGCACGAAGCCUCCAAGCCAGUGGCGCGCUAUGCCAAUGAUGAGGACUUGGAUCGACAUUUACGUGAACAAGAGCAUGCCGAUGAUCCCAUGCUGGAAUAUAUGAGAGCCAAACGCAAAAAGCUUGAUAAGCAGGCAGGCAAGCCUGAGAUGCCCAAAUACGAGGGAAGCUUUCCAGAGAACCGUUUUGGCAUUCGUCCUGGCUAUCGUUGGGAUGGUGUGGAUCGAUCCAAUGGCUACGAGAAUCGUUGGUUCAACAAGCAAAACGAACGCGUUGCCAUUCAGGACGAGGCCUACAAAUACAGUGUGGAGGAUAUGUAAAGAGCAUUAAAAUUCAAAUCAAGUUAAAUAAAUGCAAUUUAAAAUUUA